CGUUCCAAGCCAGAAUAGGCCGUUACAUACCCUGCCGUUGCCAUAUACAGACAGACAAGAAGUUAGUGGUAGUACCCACAGUGGUACGUACAUAUAGUCCUACUCAUUGUACAAUCAAAUACGUAGAUAUAGCGAAUAACCUCCUUCGGUACUACUCCAGAGAUGCUAAAGAGACAUAGGGUGCACAAGAGUGCCUAGGUUCCUAAAACAAAGGAAAUUACUGUAAUUAGACACCUAAUUAACAUAGGGAUGGGCCGAGGGCAAAAACCCUAGCCCAACUUAUUUUGUACAAGGCAGAUCCAAAUAGGCCCAUGCAAAAAGCCCUGCAAGCCUGACCGGGUCCAGGCCCAACCUUCAUCUCCACACCCGCCUGGCCAUUGAAACAGUAUCAGCGCUACGCCUGCUCCGCCAAGAUCCCGCUGCGACAAAACCUUCGCCACAGCCCAGAUCACCUGGAAACACGCCGCCACACUUAGCAUCACCACGACGCGCCCCAAUCCAACCGCUUGCAAUCCACGCCGCCACAGAAAGUGAACCCUUCCCGAUAGGUCGUUGAUCCAGCAGCAAAUCGAGGUCCUGAUUCCUCCUACAUAGCCACCGCAUAUAGAGAUUUCAAGCCCAGCCUGCAGCCCGAGCCAACCUGCAAAAAACCUCAAGCAAAACCCCUCGAAAGGAGCUCCUCAAAAACGAUUCCUGUCAUCCCCGUCCGGCAGCAGACUGCGCGGCGUCGGCGAGGCCAAAGGCCGGCCAAGAUGCCGGGGUCGCCACCGGACGAGAGUGAUCUAUUCUGACGAAGACUGCCGCUGCCCCUAGGGUUUUCUCUCUCGCUCCCGAAGGCUUAUCAUGAAGUGUUGAUGCUCAUGCAAAUGUGUUUUCCUUGGCAUAAGAGUGUCCAUUUUUAUUUGUGUUCUUUUGGUUUUAUUCUUCCAAAUUGGAAACUAGUAACACAUUCCCAAACCAAAUUAAUUAAAAAAAAAGAGAGAGAGAGAGAAAAUAUCACCUACACAAACUUGCACCGACUCCGUCGUUCUAGAACACAUAUAAUAUAACGAAUCAACCACCGCCGGAGGCCGAGAAGAAGGUGAGAGAGACCGAAAGGAAACCAAGCAAGGGAAGAAACAGCAAUGAAUCCUAUAUUAUGGCACAAAGUAGCUGCAGUCUCUGGAAUGGCAGCUCUUGGGUUGGGCGCAUACGGUGCCCAUGGCUUUAAACCCCAAAACCCAGCUUACAAAGAGGUUUGGCAAACGGCUUCUCUGUACCAUUUGGUUCACACAGCAGCUCUGCUUGCUGCCCCUCUCACAAAAAACCCCAAUAUUUUUGGAGGCCUUUUAACUACCGGUAUACUCGCAUUCUCGGGGACGUGUUAUACUGUGGCAUUACUCGAAGAUAGGAAGUACAAUAGAUUGGCUCCUUUUGGUGGCGUUGCUUUCAUCGCUGCUUGGGCUAGCUUACUAUUCUAAGAACUCCAGCUUCUCCGAGUCCCUGUACAACACAAUGUUAUCUACUUAUCUUAGUGAACACAUUGUGCUUUUUUACUGAAUUUGAAACCAUAAAUGUCAAUUCCCGGUUUAUGUUAAAUUGAUGACCGUGUGCUCUUUUAAGUGUUA